AUGAAGUUAACGAUUUUGGGGGCACCAGUGGUGGGCAAGGUUCACGUUGACAUCACACCGAGCAAACCGUUUGGGGAGGUACUUGCCCUGAUUCAGGAGGCUGUUGAUAACGAGGCUCUUUGGCACAAUUUUCGGCUUCAUUUUGCGGAGGUGCAUGACCGGAAAGUGGUAGCCACCACCCGUGUCAUCCAGUCCACAGAUACAGCGGAUUCCCUCGGUCUUCCCUCAUCGGGUGCUGUUUUAGUGCUGCGUCCAUUGGAUUCAAACCUUUCAGCGAUGUCAAAGGCCAUGGAUGGGAACAGUGACGCCGCCUCCACUUCCCAGACCUCGACACGAGGUGACUACCGCAGCCGCAUGAUCGCCAUAUACCAAAAGUAUGAGCCAUCGAAGGUGGGGACGGUGGAUGCAUCGUUGCUAAAGUUUAAGGGAAAGGAGGAAGCAGUUAUUCGGCAUCUCAUGAAAAAGUAUGGGUCGGGGCCUGACUCUGUGACUGAGGAUUCUCUGCAUUAUCCACUGAAUAAUAAUAAUGACACCUUUUCUGCUCCUUCUACCGCAACCCCAGCAUCGCCGGGCAUUGAAAAACACGAGAAAACACCAGUGCCAGCUUCCAAUAAGCUCGAGGGUGGGGACGGUUUGCCUGGUGGUGCACUGCAGUCGGCGACUCCAGCCUCAGCCUUCCCACAUGUCUUGAAGGACAACUGCGAACUGCAGGUGGAAUCCUAUGGUUUUCAGGCGUUUAUUUCUCCAACCGAGCAGGAGCCGCUCGGAGCCGCUUUCUGA